AUGCAUCCUCUGCGACCUCUACCAGGAGGUGCUCAUGUGGUUCGUCUGCUUCGUGCUGCUGCCCAGGUCGGUGCCGUAUCGCAUGCGCUCCGGGGUGCGGGGGGGCGCCGCCGACGCCGACACGGACGCGAGCCGCGGGGGGCGCAUGCGUUCGCUCUUGCUGUACAACCUGGUUUGCUUCGCGAGCAGCUGUGGCAUAUUCCUGAUGCUCUCGGCCCGCGACCUGGUGUUCCCCUCCGGCCCCGAGGACGCUUGGAGGUGCCGCGUUUCGGAGAACUUCUUCUGGGCGCGGACGGUCUUCGGCCUGUCGAUGUUCCCCUUCCUGUUCCUGCUGCACCCCAAGAUCGACAAGCUGUUGACCCACACACCCCGACGGGCUUCACGCGCCUCGGCACGCUGCAGCGCUACAGCCCGCGCCUGCGGCCCCGGCGGCGGCAGUGCCAGGAGGGCCCGCGGCAAGGCGCCGCGGAGGGCGGCCUGACGCAGGAGGAGGCGGCGGAGGCGGCGGAGGCAGCGAGCGAGAGGGCGGAUGACCCGGUGGAGGAGCUGAAGAGCGCCAUCCGCUGGUUCCCUGGGGGCUCGCUCGCGCUCCUCGCCGGCGGCGUCGGGCUCCGGGCCGCGGGGGCCGCGGCCAGCGUGGCGGGCGCCGUGGUGUCGGCGGAGGUGAGGAUUGCCAACACGGCGGUGUCCGUGGGCCUGCGGGCCGUGGACGUGGGGGUCUGCGGUGCGCAGCGCGCCGCCAAGACGCCAGUGGGGGAGGCCGCGCUCGCCUGUUCCGAGCGCCUGGUGCGGAGGCUGCCCGGCGGGGGCCACGCCCUCGACACCACCAGGCAGGCACUCGUUGCGGUCGGGUUCCUGGCGGCCGACGCGGAGACGCAGGGCAUCGCGGCUGCCGAGAAGCUCCUGCGCGAGGCCAGCGGGCAGGCCGAGAAUCUGAAGCUGGAGGCCGCCUCCCGCCUGGCGGAGAUGCUGACGCGGGCGAGGAGCCUGUCGGAGCUCGAGGCCACCGAGCUCAUGGACCUCGUGGGGCCCGAGCUCGGUAAGGUGUCGAUCGCGCUGCGGAAGCGUCGGGCUGGAGUCCGCGCGGCCUACCAGCGAGGGUGCGACAGGGCCUUUGCGCUGGGCCAGUCGCUGCUGGCGCUGUCCUGGGACCUGGCCUCACGGCUGCCCGUGGUGGGUGGGACGCUGCUGCGCACCUUCGAGCGCGAGCUGGGGGAGCUGCAGGCGCAGCGGGCUGGGCGGAUGCCCGGCCUCCAGCCGAUGGCCCAGGCGUACUUGCAGCUCGUCUGCUCCUGCGCCAUGCAGGCCGUGCUGGAGCUGCGGGCUGGGCUGGCCGCACCGUCGGGGAUGCCGCACGAGGCCGGGCCGCGGGCCCCCGAGGCGGGCGCCUCGAAGCACGGCCAGGCGUGGCUGCUCCACGGCGGCGCCGGCGACGCCGCGGGCGCAGGUGCAGGCCUCGGCUGCCACGACGACCUCGCGCCCGAGCGGAGCCUCCCGAGCCCUCGGCGCGGCUACGCCCGCUCGCUGUCGCGCACCACAGCCCGGGCAGCGGCCUCGAGGGCUCCCCGUCGCUGCGUCGGCGCGGAGGCUGUCCGGCGGGUUCGCCCGAGAGGACGCGGUAGUGAGCGCGCCCGUUUGCCCGCGGCCUUGCGAUGGCAGUGCCCGUGCAGGGCCGUUGCCCACAGGAGCGGCACAAUGUGGAGCUGA